GGCACAACCAGCCAACCGCCUCUGUUGCUUCCAAAGAGUUACAGCCGGGACAUCUACAUACACACUCUCCUAUUUUUGGAUUUGUUGUCAAGUUUGGUUGCUUCUUCUUUCCGCCUUGAACUAAACUGUUAUCCCGUGAAGACAUUGUGCAGCUUCCUUUCUCCCGUCGGCUUGAGGGCGAGCAGAUAAAGCUUCCUCAGUCCUCUGAUCAUAACAGGUGACUGUCGAGAGUUUUUAUCCACGUUAAGUGUGUCCUUUCUGUCUCUCCACGCUUCUUUUGACACAUCGGGGAUUUCUGUGCGCUUCCUCCACCUUUUUAACUAAUGCGAGCAUCUCAGUCGAGUUUUUGCAUUUCAUAAGCUCCUUUUCUAGUUUUUCCUCCACCGAGCUGAGUGUCACACGGAAACUCAGGCGGUUUCAACAAGUUUCAGCCCACACCGUCUUCUCUGUGCCUGCAGACAGCUUUGUGUUCCCGGGAUUUCUCUUGUCAGGUCUGACCGUAUUCUUAUGGAUCAUAUUGCAACAGGUCUGGUGUCACUGGAGCGCCUCUCCGCGCGACAACCGCCCGAGACGUGCAUCAUGCUGGACGGCAUAAAAAUUGAAGAUCAUCCCCUGCGAUCGGGACAAGCCACGCUCGGAGUCAUGCUCGGGACUGACUGUCACCAUCCCUCCGUGUGUGAAGGGUGCCAGCGUCCCAUCUCUGACCGCUUCCUGAUGAGAGUCAACGAUUCCUCAUGGCACGAGGAGUGUUUGCAGUGCACCGUGUGUCAACAGCCCCUCACCACCAGCUGUUACUUCAGAGAAAGGAAACUUUACUGCAAACACGACUACCAACAGUUGUUUGCGACCAAGUGCAGCGGCUGCCUGGAGAAAAUCGCCCCUACAGAGUUUGUGAUGCGCGCCCUGGAGUGCGUGUACCACCUGAACUGCUUCUGUUGCUGCGUGUGCGACCGGCAGCUGAGGAAGGGCGAUGAGUUUGUCCUGAAGGAAGGCCAGCUGCUGUGCAAGAUCGACUACGAGAGGGAGAAGGACUUACUCAGCUCGGUUAGCCCCGAUGACUCAGACUCAGAGAAAAGUGACGAUGAGGAGUUGGACAUCAAGCAGGAGAAAGGCAUAGGAAGCCAGAGCAAGUCGGAUGAUGGGAAGGAUCCCAGGAGGCCCAAAAGACCACGAACCAUCCUGACCACUCAACAGAGACGGGCCUUCAAGGCUUCCUUCGAGGUGUCCUCAAAACCCUGCAGAAAGGUGAGGGAGACGCUGGCUGCAGAGACAGGACUCAGCGUUCGGGUGGUGCAGGUGUGGUUUCAGAACCAGAGAGCUAAGAUGAAGAAGUUGGCCAGAAGACAGCAGCAACAACAAGAACAACAGAAUUCGCAGAGACUUGGCCAAGAGGUAAUGUCCAAUCGGAUGGAGGGGAUGAUGAACUCCUUCACACCGCUGGCUCCGCAGCAGCAGCUGGUCGCCAUGGAUCAGAACGGUUACAGCACAGACCCGUUCCAACAGGGGCUCACCCCCCCCCAGAUGCCCGGGGACCACAUGAACCCAUAUGGUAACGAUUCUGCAUUCCAUGACAUAGACAGCGACACGUCUUUAACCAGCCUCAGUGACUGCUUCAUGGCCUCGUCGGACGUCAACUCCAUGCAGGCCCGCGCGGGGAACCCCAUCGACCGCCUCUACUCCAUGCAGAACUCUUACUUUGCGUCAUGAAAUAGAAGAGUGAAACCCAUCAGCACAGAAUAAACUGCCCAUCUCAACCCUGAAGCGUGAUGGCCAGGAGUUUCUACACCAACACGGACACGACAGAAAAAACCCUGCAGUAGCUCCUGGUUAUGUGCUGAAGCUUACUCAAAGAUAGUAAAACCACUUGUUGUAGGACGGUGACGAUUCCUGGGGGGAAAAGACUAAAAAUAUUGUUAGAUUAUUCGGUAGGAGUGCUUAUCUUUCACAGGAGGUCUUUUCUUUGUUCACUUAAAGAAAACAAGUAGAUAUUGAAGCCACUGAUUACACACUCUCAAUACCAAAUCACACAGUGAAUUUAUACAGUGCAUGAUCAGUUGUAAACUAAAUCUUUUUGUAAGCCCCCGGUAAAGAUGUGGUAUUUGGACUGUUUCUUCUUUACACUACAUGGAUUCCCAUGUUCACUGUUAGCAUUUUGAUCACUUUCCAUAGGCUUAGAUAUUGUGUUAAUAGUAAAUAGGUGCAGCAUGUCUGCAAGAGUGACUGUACAUUUGUGUAUGUAUGAGAGUUUGUGGAGAGGCAGAAUUGUUUAGGAGAAAAAAGGUGGAGAAUUGGUUGGACAUGUAGGAUCAGUGAAGUGUAAAUACUUUCCCCAGGCAAAUUGGAUGUGCAUGUUACAAAAUGGAAAGCAUUCUAUUUAUUUAACUAUAACAGGCUCUUGAAGGUGCAUAUUAAAACUGAAAAGCUUUAUUUAAAAAGGAGAGCAUUUUUUUGUUGAGCAAUUAGUGAGAUCAUGAGUGUUACAACUCAUCUGUAUGCCUUUUUAAUAUGAAGAUUAACCCUUUUGUUUUGUUUUUUCUUCAGCCAAGCUGUAAAUGAGCAAUGUUGCUAUUUAUUUCGUACAGACCAUAAACCUUUUGUUGUCACUGUCAUAUGUGCAUUCUCAAAAUGUUAAAGUUGCUAAUUGACCAAAGUUGACUGGUUUGAUGAAUAAACAAUGUCUUUCUCCUGAUAAC